AUGAUCGCGUCAUCAGCAGAAAAUUCUGGGAUCGGAGAUGUGCUCAGCGCAGACGAGGAGGAACUAUCGGCUCGAUUCAGCGAUGCAAUGUCACCACUCAAACUUCAAUUACGAUUUGUGGCUGGAGUAAUUCAACGUGAACGUCUCCCUGCUUUCGAGCGUCUACUUUGGAGAGCAUGUCGAGGAAAUGUGUUCCUCCGCACCAGUGAAAUCGAUGACGUGCUCAAUGACACAGUAACCGGUGAUCCAGUUAACAAGUGUGUCUUCAUUAUCUUCUUCCAAGGAGAUCAGUUGAAGACAAAGGUUAAGAAGAUUUGUGAAGGAUUUCGUGCCACACUAUAUCCAUGUCCAGAUACUCCUCAAGAGAGACGAGAGAUGUCAAUUGGUGUGAUGACUCGUAUUGAGGAUCUCAAGACAGUUCUCGGACAAACCCAAGAUCAUCGUCAUCGUGUAUUAGUGGCUGCAUCGAAGAAUGUUCGAAUGUGGUUGACAAAAGUUCGAAAGAUCAAAUCCAUCUAUCAUACACUGAACUUGUUCAACAUUGAUGUAACACAAAAAUGUCUGAUUGCUGAGGUGUGGUGUCCAGUUGCCGAACUUGAACGUAUAAAGAUGGCGUUGAAACGUGGAACAGAUGAGAGUGGAAGUCAAGUUCCGUCGAUUUUGAAUCGAAUGGAUACACACGAGGCUCCGCCCACUUACAACAAGACCAACAAAUUUACAAAAGGAUUCCAAAAUAUUGUGGAUGCUUAUGGUAUUGCCACGUAUCGAGAAAUCAAUCCAGCUCCCUACACAAUGGUCUCAUUCCCAUUCUUGUUCGCAGUAAUGUUUGGUGAUAUGGGUCAUGGAGUCAUCAUGUUCCUGGCUGCUCUAUUCUUCAUUCUCAAAGAGAAACAAUUGGAGGCGGCAAGAAUCAAAGAUGAAAUCUUCCAGACUUUCUUCGGAGGACGCUAUGUCAUUUUCUUGAUGGGAGUGUUUUCGAUUUACACUGGAUUUAUGUACAAUGACGUGUUUUCAAAAAGUAUCAAUGCAUUUGGAUCGUCGUGGUCAAACUCUAUUGAUCACACUACAAUUGAUGCAUUAUUGGACGGCGGUGAAAAAUCAUCCGAAACACAAUUAAUUCUAGUCCCUGAGCUGGCUUACGAUGGAAGUCCAUAUCCAAUUGGUGUGGAUCCCGUGUGGAAUCUUGCUGAAGGAAACAAACUCUCAUUCCUCAACUCGAUGAAAAUGAAAAUGUCCGUACUGUUUGGAAUUGCUCAAAUGACAUUCGGUGUUCUUCUCUCCUAUCAAAAUUUCACAUAUUUCAAAUCAGACCUUGAUAUCAAGUAUAUGUUCAUUCCACAAAUGAUUUUCCUCUCCUCAAUAUUCAUUUAUCUUUGCAUUCAAAUCCUUGCCAAAUGGCUCUUCUUCGGAGCAACUGCUGGAUCAGUACUCGGCUACACGUAUCCCGGAACGAAUUGUGCUCCAUCACUGCUUAUCGGAUUAAUCAAUAUGUUUAUGAUGAAAGGGCGUAAUGCAGGAUUUUUGGAUGAGCGCGGAGACGUAUAUCCUCAGUGUUGGUUGAGCACAUGGUAUCCAGGACAGUCAUUCUUCGAAACAAUUUUCGUCCUGGUAGCGAUCGCGUGUGUUCCCGUAAUGCUCUUUGGAAAGCCUUACUUCUUAUGGAAAGAGGAAAAAGAUCGGCGCGAGGGGGGUCAUCGACAGUUGGCCACGAUCGAAACUGUUCUUGUGAUUUUGGCGUUGGUGCAGGUACCCAUUAUGUUGUUCGCAAAACCGUACUUUAUGUACCAUCGAGAGAAACGACAAGCGAGAUACAGUAAUCUUGGAGAGACAAAUCAGAGUGUUCGUGCUGACAUUGCUCAAGACGACGCUGAAGUCGUUCACGCUCCAGAACAGACACCAAAGCCGGCUGGACACGGACAUGGCCACGGUGAUGGACCACUUGAUAUGGGAGAUGUGAUGGUUUAUCAGGCUAUUCACACGAUUGAAUUCGUUCUUGGAUGUGUUUCACACACUGCCUCAUACCUUCGUCUCUGGGCUCUCUCACUGGCUCAUGCUCAACUUUCUGAUGUUCUUUGGACUAUGGUUUUCCGUAAUGCGUUUGUUUUGGAUGGAUAUGCUGGAGCUGUCGCCACUUAUGUUCUCUUCUUCAUUUUCGGAUCAUUGUCUGUCUUCAUUCUCGUUUUGAUGGAGGGUCUUUCUGCAUUCCUUCACGCACUUCGUCUUCAUUGGGUGGAAUUCCAAUCCAAAUUCUACGGAGGUCUCGGAUACCAAUUCAGUCCAUUCUCGUUCGAAACGAUCUUGGCCGAGGAGCGUCAAAAUGAAGAGAACUGA